GACAGACCCGAGCCCAGGCAGAGGCAGCACAAAGAGAGAGAAAGAAAGAGAGCCAGUAGAUACAGCCAGCUGGAGCAUCACUGUCCCCUUGAACAAACAGCCUCAUCACAGACACAACAGCAGACCUUAAGAGCGAUCAAUAACCCAGUCGAGGUGACAGAUUUUCCUACAGCAGAGACGAUGCCAGUCAAUACCAUCCUGGAGAAGAGUAACGGUGUGGUGGUGGGAGCUGAGCUGACCUGCAGCCUACGGGAGGAGAACAAGGCUCACAGGGAGAGCUACAGCGCUGACUGGCAUAGUGUCAGUCUCAAGACUCAGCCUCAGGACAGGCAGACAAUGAACAUGAAUGACAACUCUCGUAGGGAAACUCUUUCCCGGCAGUGGCAAGCCCGUCCGCUGAAACAAAUCUGCCCCUCUGGUGUCUUCAGAGUGGGCACUGUGGAAAGAGGGGUGAGGGAGCACCAGCUACUGCCAAAGAGAAAAACCCUCCCCUUGCCAAUCUUCACCCCCGCAGAGUUGGGUGUCAGGCUUGGACGUGGAGCCCCACACACCGAGGUGGACCUGCAUAUCUUCCCCACCCCGGACGGAGUCUGUCCUAGUAAGAGGACCGUGGACGAGAUCACAAGAGACCUCCCCCCAGUCAAGCCAACCCUCAUGGAGUUUUUCAAAGCACCCAGAGACCUGGGUCGCUCCAUGUCUCAAGAGGCCCAGAGAGGGUGAAAAACAAAAAGAGAAAGAGGGGAUGUUAGGAAGGGACAAGAUGGGUGACAAAUGGGAAGGAUUGUGCGUUGAACUAUGUGUGUCAGGAAGAGCAUGACAAGAUAUAUAGUUAUUUAUAUAUAUACAUAUAUAUAUAUAUAUACAUACAUAUAUAUCUAAUGACAGUCAUCCAAAACCGUAAAUCUUUAGCACUAUCAAGUACAGCACCAAUCGUUGUUGGCAUUUGGUGGUGAAUGGUACUAGAAAUAGCAUUGUGAUGAAGAGGCAGGGUGUGUGUUCUCAGCUGUGCCAUGGGCUGAUCCCUGCCUGUGCUGGCCAGCUGGCCUCACCAUAUCACCAAUCUCUCAGUGGAAUCACUGCCAGCCAGCUAUUCCUCAACAAUGCUACGUACAACAUUUUGAUGCCUUUAUUUUGCAUU